AUUUGCUUCAAAGUUCACCUGUUUCAGCUGUUGGCACAACCUCAGCUUGGAGGAAAAUGAAAGGAAUGCCCUGGAAGGAGCAGUUCCUGCUGCAGUUGCCGUCCACAACUGGAAGGGAAAACCUGCCAGCAAAAAGUCUGGAAGUGCUGGAGGAGCUGGAAGGGCUGCGCCUGCACCAUGACUGAGCAGAAGCGCUCAGACCUCGCUGCUUCAGCCCCCUCACUUUGGCUUAAGCAUAGGAGAAGCAGCAGCUUCAGCACGGAUUCCACAGGAGCUUGGAAGGACCUGCUCUGGAGCUUGAGCUGCAGGCCGAGCUGUGUGCCUCAAAUCCAAAAAUGUCCUGGCUAAAGCAAGGAAGAUGCUCCAGGACUCUGAGGGGCACCAAUAGAUCCCAACCAUGACACUGGUUCCAGUCAAAGCCUUGUACAUGAGACCCUUGAAGUGGAUUUUUCUGUUCCUGAUGGUGUUUUCCCUGAUAACCAUGUGGUACACAACCUUCUCCUUCAACACUGGCCCGGAGAACAUGGACCUGCUGCACUUCUACGAGUACGAGCCCGUGUACCGGCCACAGCGCCUCUUCACGCUGCGCGAGCACCUCAACUGCGCCGACAUCAACCCCUUCCUGGUCAUCCUGGUGGCUUCCAGCCCCAGGGACGUGAAGGCCAGGCAGGCCAUCAGGAUCACGUGGGGCUCCUGGGAUUCCUGGUGGGGCCAGCGCGUCCUGACCCUGUUCCUGCUGGGGCAGGACACGCACAGGGAGGACAAGGCGGCGGCGCUGUCGGUGGAGGAUGAGAGCAUCCUCUACGGGGACAUCAUCCGCCAGGAUUUCAUGGACACCUAUGAAAACCUCACCCUGAAGACCAUCAUGGCAUUCCAGUGGUUCUCCGAGUUCUGCUCCAGCGCCAGGUUCUUCAUGAAGACCGAUGCCGAUGUCUUCAUCAACACUCCCAACCUGGUGAAAUUCCUGCUGCAGCUGAAUUCCUCGGAGAACGUUUUCACUGGGUAUCCCUUCAUCCGUAACUUCGCCAUCCGAGGCUUUGACAAAAAAAGAUACAUCUCCUAUGAGGAAUAUCCCUUCAAGCUGUAUCCUCCCUACUGCAGCGGGUUGGGAUACAUACUGGAUGGGAAACUGGCUCUGAGGGCUUAUGAGCUGAUGAGCCACAUCAAACCUCUGAAAUUUGAGGAUGUUUAUGUGGGAAUUUGCUUAAACAUACUCAAAGUCAACGUCACUAUUCCAGAAGAUACAGAACAAUUCUUUCUCUAUAAAAUCCAAUUUGAUACCUGUAAGUACAGACAUUUAAUUGCAGCUCAUGACCUUACACCAAGUGAACUGAUCCAGGUUUGGCAGGAUUUGUCAGCCAACACUUCAGAAACUUGCCUUUGAUUCUGGGUUCAUUUAGAAACUUAAAUUUGGUGUAAGAGUGGGUUCUAGAGAUGACGUUGACUGCUAGGGCAGCGUUUCUCCAGGGCAUCCCAAUGCUGUUAAGUAAAAAUAGCAGGGAUUCACAGAGCACUUUUCCAUGUGUGUAUCCCACACCCAGAGGGUACUUUGGAAUGCUCUGUCCCGUCUGCCUCUGCUGCCUUUCCCUGUGCACGGAACAACCCUGGGACUUCUCCCUGAAUCUUCUGGAAUGCACGGAGUGUCACUGAGGAAAGAUGUUUCUGCCAAGAAACCAGCUUUGAGGAUGCUUCCCAAAUUCCUGCCUGGAUUGUUUUUAUUGUUUUAUUGCCACUCUCCAUUAUUUGUUCUCUGCCCAGUACAAAAUUAACCCAACCUCUUUUUUUCUACGUAACCCUCCCGAGAGUGUCACACCUUGGUGUUUGAAUGUGUCACCUCCACAGCACUUCCAGGAGUGUUCCCAGCCCGGGGAUCCUGGGGGAUCUGCAGGAGCUGAUGAAAAAUGCCGGGAAUGUGGUGCACUGUGUCUCUGUCCAUAUGAAAUGGAAGGGCUUUGGUGUCUCUGCUGUGUUCCCAGACCAGGGAGAUGCAGUGGAGCUCAUGAGCAGUUUGGACAUCCCAAAAACAUUGGGAUAAUCAACCCCCCCACACCUGUGUGGGUGAUGCAUCCCAGGAGUUUUGGAACCCUGCAGGGCAGAUGAAAAACCAUUUCUGUUGUGAUUUAUGUCUGCCUCCAAAUGAGUUUUUUUGUUCCAAUUUUAAAAUGCAAAAAAGGAAGAAAUUCCCCCUUUAAUACUUGCAAGAAGACCAACUCUGCCCUGUGUGUAAAGACCGGUUUUUAAUCACUUUAUUCAUAUCAGCAAGGCCCAGUUUUCAGUAGUUUACACUUCUAAUGGACAACGAUACAGAAUUUGCAAUUGCAUGAACAUAAUUAACCUGGACACAUCCACUACACGGGGAAGAGACUACGGAGACAUCCUGGCCACGCUCCCAGGGAUUCCUGCUUGGCUGGCACGAUCCCACAGCCCCAUUGUCUCUUAGAGACAAAGCACGAGGGCUGCCCAGACCUCCAGGAGCACGGCUGAGGUGUCCCCAGUGCCUCCAGCACGCUGGGCUUCAUGGGCAGUGCUGGGUUUUGCUCUGCUCAACAACUGCACGCGGGGUUUGGGUGGAAUUUGGGGAUGGGGUUGUGUUUUUUAGGGAUAAAAGGUCUUGGGGACAACACUCUCCAGACAAGGAUUUGCAGAUGUCAGUGUUCUAAGGAUGGAUGGUAAGGAGGUCAAAGCUUUUAAAAAAUAAAGGCUUUUUUUUUUUUUUUUUUGGAAAAUACAGUAUU